AUGAAUCGACUCUACGAAGAGUACUGCAAAGUUGAACUCAAGAAAAACCCAAGAAAGGUAAAAGACAACCCUGAUGCCCAUGAAUGGGAUUGUCGCUCCGCAAAAAUCACCAACAUUCUUCAGAGCGAAACCUUCUGUAACCUGCCCAGUGCAGACUACUGGCUCGGGGAUAAUUUCAGGAAUAAGAAACCUAGUCGUCUUCAUGUAUGCAAUGCAAUUGCCGCAGUUGGGAAUAUCAUGGUCAUGCAGUGGGCACGUCAACAAGGAUUCCCAUGGAAUGAGCGGACAUGUGCCUAUGCUGCUAAAAAUGGACAUUUGGAAAUGCUCCAAUGGUUACGAGAGCAUGGUUAUACAUGCUCCUAUGCUGCUAAAGCGGGUCAUUUGGAAAUUCUGCAGUGGGCUCGCAACAAUGGUUGUCGAUGGGAUGACAUGACAAGUUCCAGACCUGCUGAAAAUGGACAUUUGGAAGUUAUCAAGUGGUCUUGUGAAAACGAAAUCUGA